GGUAUAUGCGAUCAGGAAGUAUCAUUUUUAAUUUACGAACUAUUUUAAUUUAUAUUAGGGUUGUGUGGCCUGUUAAAUCGCACCGCAUAAUUACUUUUAUUUAACUUGGAAGUAGGGUUUGGAUUACCCUUUUGUUUUUGACGUAUCUUUUGAAUGCUGUUGUACUUAAUAGACCAUUAAUCUAGAUUAUAAUGACAAAUAAUAAGGUAUUGAAGAAGAAGGAGCUUGCCUCUGGCAUCUCAGUUGGUCUUCUCAAGGGUCAUACUGUUACUCCAAUUCCAUUGACUCGUUCCGUUGCUCCAAGCCGUAGAAAGGGUCUCAAGACAAACCGUUCUACUUUGGUUUCUGAGGUCAUUCGUGAGGUUUGCGGUUUUGCUCCAUAUGAGAGAAAUUUGAUCGAAUUGGUCAAGAUCGGAUCAGCUUCAACAUAUAAGCGUGCCUUCAAGUUUGCCAAGAGACGUCUUGGUACCCAUAGACGCGCCAAGGCAAAGAUGAGCGAAAUUUCCUCCAUCGUCGAGUUACAACGCAAGCGUAGAAAUUAAGUUCUAGAGUUUCUUU